GAACGUCGCUGCUGAGGCAGGGGGUGGGCUGCGCGGUGUGAUGAUUGACUUGUCCCAGUUCGCAGGGGGUCGCUAAGUACCGCAACCGGGCGUGUUUGAGUUUUGUUCAAUCUUCCCGCAGCCGCCACCUCGCCAGUCUUUUCCUUGAGCUUCUUGAAGAUUUGGAGAAUUACAUGACAGAACACAUAAUUUUACUAUGGAUAAAGAAGCAAGCCGCUUGGAGAAGGACUAUGUUCAUAGGGUGUAUGAGAAGAUCGCCCCUCACUUUAAUGACACUCGCUACAAGGCCUGGCCCAGAGUACGGCAGUUUCUUCUAGAACAAGAAUCUGGCAGUCUCAUUGCUGAUAUUGGAUGUGGAAAUGGGAAGUACCUUUGUAUCAACAAUCAAGCCUACAAAGUAGGUUGCGAUUAUUGCCUGCCUUUGGUAGAAUCUGCAAGAGAGCAGAGCUAUGAAGCCAUGGUAUGUGACAACCUGCAUCUACCAUAUCGCAAUCAAUGUUUUGAUGCCAUUCUGUCCAUAGCAGUGAUACACCAUUUUUCCACAAAAGAACGCCGCAUUCAAGCAAUAAAGGAAAUGGCAAGGAUUUUGAGAGUGAGAGGGAAAAUGAUGAUUUAUGUAUGGGCGAUGGAGCAAAAGAGACGGAAGUUUGAAAAGCAAGAUAUUUUUAUUCCAUGGAACCCUACACCUCUACCUGCACAGUCUUCGGAGACCACUAUAAUGAAUGAAGAUGAUAAAUCAUUCCUGCACAAUAAUAUUAUACAUAAGGACAAGCCAUUUCUUUGUAACAAUGAACAAAAUGUCCAUGAAAAACACACAAAGACAAACUGGACAUCCAUUUUGGCAAGGGAGGAUACAUUGCUGGUUGAAAAAUGUUUCAAGUUAUGGUUGUUUUCUCGGUUACUGAAUUCUGUGUUAAAGUUUAGCAGCAAUAAUAGAACAAAAACUCCCAACAAACUGUGGCUGUAUCGGGAUUAUUCGACUACAUUUAAAACAAGUAGUGUGAUAAAAUCCUUUGAACAAAGCCACAGUGACCACAUGACCAAUAUUGUUUCUAAUGGGUUCUCUUAUGGACAGAGUUGUGAAACUGUUCUUGAUGUCCUCUCUGAGUCCCAACCACCUAGCCAUCAUAAUGGUUCGGAGUCUCACAUGCAAUUCUUUGAAUAUCCAUAUCCAGGAUCUUUUGGAAUCCAAGAUUCUACUGGCUUAUUUUGCAGCUGUACUGAAUUUUCUUUACCUGAUCUUGCUUCACAGCCUCUGUUCCAAAAUAAGCUCCAUAGUCACCCCAAGAAAAAUAAACCAGCAAUCUGCUCCUCCUAUGAGAAGAUCAGACACAGCAUGGGUCCACAAACACAGAGUAGUUUGAUCACUGACUCCACUAGCUGGCCUUUAGAGCCACAAGUAUUAUCAAAGGACAAAAAGGAUCAGAUUAAUGUCAAUAGCGCUUGUCUCAGAUACUAUCAUGUUUUUAAACAAGGGGAGCUUAUUGAGCUCAUAGAAAAGUACACUGAAGAUCUGAAAGUGAUUAAAACAUAUUAUGAUCAUGCUAACUGGUGUGUUAUUGUAGAAAAAGUAUGAGUUUGCCAAACUUGAGAUGACACAAUAACCACAUCCUUUUUAAUUUAAAAAAAAAGGAAUAAAACUUGGUAUUAAUCAUCAUUAUAUCAUUUAAAUAUUUAUACAUAUUGUUUUUAAUGUGGUUUGAUUUAAUUUGUGUUACUUUAAUACUGAAGUUAGUGAUAAUACAAUACUUGAACAACAUGCACUGCCAAACGUUAUUGUAAUGGUUAAUAUUUUGAAUUCUUGAUUCACAUAUUUUAAUUCAGUACUUUCAUGUGCUUUAAUUAUUAACAUGCCAAGAAUUAACAGAAAACACUAAUUAUACACUGUAAUAAAGUACACUAAGUACAA